CUCACCUUACUUCUCCUCAGCUCCUUCUUUCCUUCUCUCUUACGCUCUCUUCUGUUCCUCUCCCCUCCACCCCUUUUUCCCUCCUCUUUCAUCUCAGUCGUUUGGACAUCCCGUUCGCUUGCAUCUACCCUCUCUCCUCAUCCUCAGUUGCCGUUGAUUCUCGUCCCAGUUGAUUCCAUCCAAACAAAUUCAUAUAGCCAUGUUUGCUGCUUCUCGCUCUUCGAUGAAUGUCCUCAGGACCAGAAUUGGUCAGUCUACACGCAUCUCUUCGGCCCGUAUGGUUUCCGGUCAAAGAUUAAAGUAUUCCAUUAGCACCAAGACCACCGCCGCCCUGUGUUCCAAGGUCAUCCGUCAGCAGCCUGUUUUUGGUAUCAACCACGUUCACAGAUUCCAUGCUUCUGCCCUUGCUAAUGCCAAGGUCCCCUUCAUGCUGGCUGAUAUUGGAGAGGGUAUCACAGAAUGUGAGGUUAUUCAAUGGUUCGUCAAGGCUGGCGACAAGGUCGAGGAGUUCGACAGGCUGUGUGAGGUUCAAUCAGACAAGGCCUCUGUUGAGAUCACAUCCCGUUUCACAGGAACGAUCGCCACGCUCAAGUACCAGGUCGGAGAUAUGGCCAAGGUUGGAAAGCCCCUGGUCGAGAUCGAAACUGGCGACGCCGAUAUCGCUGCCGCAGAGGAGGUUACUGCUGACGGUCCCAUCACUGCUGGACCUGACGCUAUGUCUGACUCGGCCCCAGGACACGCAGCACCUGAGGACGGUUUGAGGGCCCAUUCGCAUGUGAUCCAGGACAUGAAUGCGGUUGCAGCCAUGACGGACAGCGCUCCUGGAAAGGCAGAGAGAGUCGAGACCCCCACAGCUGAGCACAUCCUCACGUUUGCCACACCCGCUGUCCGCCGUGUUGCCAAGGAAAACAAUGUUGAUAUUGCGCAGAUCAAAGGCUCCGGAAAGGGCGGCCGUGUGAUGAAAGAGGAUGUCAUGGCUUACCUUACCAACGGACGACAGUCAACUGCUACUUCCAAGGCUGCCAGCACACCCACUGCUACUACACCUGCCAAGGCUCACAUUCCCGCCGGCGAGGACAAGGUCCAGCCCCUAAGCAUGAUUCAGAAGGCUAUGUUCAAGCAGAUGACCAAAUCUCUGUCGAUUCCCCACUUUGGAUUCGCGGACGAGAUCAUCCUCGACAAUGCCACUGCCUUCCGCGCGGCCUUGAACACCUACGUCGCCAAGUCGCCCGAGAAGUACAACUUCAAGAAGGUUUCGUACAUGCCCAUCUUCAUCAAAGCCCUCUCCGUCGCCCUCGAGCAAUAUCCAAUUAUGAAUGCCUGCAUCAUCGAUGGCGACGAUGCCUCGACCGCCAAGCUCAAGUACCGUGCGUCCCACAACAUCGGUGUGGCUAUGGACACACCCAACGGCUUGAUCGUGCCCAAUAUCAAGAACGUCCAGAAUUUGUCUGUCCUUGAAGUCGCGUCCGAGCUGGCCAGGUUACAGGAGGCCGGCAAGAAGAAUGCCAUUCCCAUGGCGGAUCUCAGGGACGGUACCUUGUCGCUGUCGAAUGUCGGCAUGAUCGGAGGCACGUACUUGAACCCCGUGGUCGUCACGUCUGAGGUCGCUAUUGCUGCCGUCGGCAAGAUGCAGCGUCUGCCUCGCUUCAAGAUGGUUGAGGAGGACGGAAAGAAGGUCGAGCGUGUGGUCGCCCAGCAGAUCGUCAACAUCAGCUGGAGCGCUGAUCACCGUGUCAUUGAUGGUGCAACCGUAGCCCGCUUCAGUGAGGCCUGGAAGACGGUUGUUGAGAACCCCUUCUUGCUCGGUGGCAUGCUUCGUUAAAGAAACGACGGCGAGUUUUUAGAGCGAUGUCAUCUGCUUUUUUAGUUAUUUCCUUUGGGUUCGGCACAACUGCAUUACAUAUUUUAGAGCGUCAUUACCACUAUUAAAGAAACGUUUUCAAA